AUGCAGGCUGUGACCAGGACUUCGUUGAGUGGGCGGGGCCUAACCCCAUAACAAUAACCUUAGGGUAACACCAGCGAUUUGGGUUACAGGGCUAAGGAAGCCCUAACACCAAAAAAAAUUGAGAUUUUCCUUUUUUUGUGUUCAAUUAGGUACUUUCCUUAAGUCACUGAUUGAUCUGAUCAUUUCUGUUUGUUUGCCACAGACUGAACAAAAAAAAGUUCAUGAUAUCACACAGUUCCCUGAAAGAGACUCUGAAACAUGAGGAGCUGACUCCAAUAAACAUUCGUCAAACAUGGUUUCCGUCAGUGUAGUUCACUCUUGUUACGCUGUUUUCUGUCAAAGUUUUCAUUUUUUUAGUAGAGAUCAAAAAUUUUAUGUUGUAAAGGGGAGUAAUGUCGUAGCAGAUGAUCAUUUAAAUACUGAUAAGACUUUUCUUUAUCUCCAAAUACAAUCUUAUCCAGCAGGGGGGCGCACUCAUCUUUGUCCACCUUCUUCUUGCAGCUCCUCCAAAGAUCAUCGCUGUAAUGGUCGAGGGUACGGAGCGGUCUGGCUUCAGCACAGUGUGUCGGGUUCUGGGCUCCCCGCUGCCUGAUGUCCAGUGGUUUGGCCUGUAUGACCUUCUAGAAGGUUCUGUGUUAGGCCCGCCGGCUCAGGGCGCCCAGCCUCAUUCCUACCACACCCUCAGCCAGCUGAGGGAUGUCGAGCCAGGUCAGCAGUAUACCUGCAGUGCCUCCAACCCACUGGGUCGAGAACAGGCCACCCUGUAUGUGGCCUCACCUCCUCUGUGCUUCUCCUUUCCCUGUCUCUGGGGGCAAAGGUCAUCCUGCUUGUGGUGUGCAUGGUGGAAGUGA